AUGGGUUGGAAGAUAUGGCAACAGAGUGAGAAGAAGCUGCUGGAUUUUUAUGCCACCUUGAGAGAUCCCUUUCAAGUCCUUACAAUCACCCUCCUCAGCCUCCUUCUCCCCCUCUCGUUCCUCCUCUUAGCUAGGCUCUCUACUGCUCAUUAUCUCCUAGCCUUUACGGCCUAUUCUACGCCGCCACAAUCCUCUCUCAUAUUCUCUCUCCUCCUCAACACCUAUCCAUUUCUUCUCCAUGGACUUGUUUCAAUCGUUAGUGUUACAACUUUUGUCCAUUGCUCGACCGGUCGGCUAACGCCUAUUACUGAAUUACCGGCGCUGAUGCUUCGACCUGGUUUGUACACUGCAUGGAUUUUGCUUUGCACUUUACAAGUUUGUGUUGGUUUGGGCAUUGAAGGGACUAUAGCUGCUGGCAUUGAUGGUUCUGACUUUGGUCAGGAGAGAAGUUUGCUAGGUAGAGUUAUUUUCUUCCUGGGGUUACACGAGACGAUGCUUUACUGGUCGAGAACCGUCGUGAAGCGGGUUGUUGAUGACACGGUGUUUGGUUUUGCAAGGGAGGAGCGGUGGGUGGAAAGGGUGGCGAUGGGUGCUAGCUUUGGUGUUUUGUGGUGGUGGAGGUUGAGAGGUGAGGUUGAGUCCCUGGUGGUUGUUGCUGAGGUUAAGAGAGAGCUGUUGAUGGGUGUUGGUGUGGCUGACUUCGUUAGUUGGUGGUUGUAUUACCUAACUGUGAUGAUUGGAAUGGUAAGGUUGGUGAAGGGUCUUAUUUGGCUCGGAAUGAUAUUCCUUUGUAGGAGGGUUGAAGGAAGCCUUGGUGACCCCAGGCCAAACGUCGACGAAAAGGUUUGA